GGAGAUAAUUACUAUACCAUUAUUAGCAUUACCCACUCCACGUGCAAUGUGCGUGAUGAUGAUGAUGAUCAUAUUCCGUAUUUGAAUUACACACGAAGCGCCUUUUUCUCCCAUACAGUUGAAUACAAACCUCACACGUUCGUUCAUUCUCAUUCCAAAUUCCCGUUACUCAAAUAUCCAUUUCCAAAUACGUUAACCCCUUUCGUUUCCUUCUCUUCUCUCUCCAUCGCUACGCAUAUUUUCCGACGCUCAUCUCACACAAUUCAAUUCACCAGCUCGAUUCAAAGAUCUAUCACCAAUGUUGCAUUGAAUUUUGCAUUCAAUUUGGGGUUUUAGGGUUUCCAUGUCAAUUUGAGUAGUUAAUCAUAGAUGGAGAAUACAGAUACCACACAAAGCGUGCGAGUUGCCGUUAACAUUCGCCCUCUGAUCACGUCAGAGCUUCUUCUUGGUUGUACCGAUUGCAUUUCUGUUGUUCCCGGCGAACCUCAGGUGCAAAUUGGGUCGCAUUCGUUCACCUAUGAUUAUGUAUAUGGUAGCACGGGACAACCUUCAUCUGCAAUUUUCGAUGAUUGUGUAGCCCCGCUCGUUGAUGCACUCUUCAAUGGCUAUAAUGCCACGGUUCUUGCUUAUGGUCAGACUGGCUCCGGGAAAACAUACACUAUGGGAACCAAUUAUAAUGGAGAGGAAAGUUGUGGUGGAAUUAUACCAAAGGUUAUGGAAACCAUAUUCACAAGAGUUGAGACUAUGAAGAGUUCUACAGAGUUUUUGAUUAGAGUGUCAUUUAUUGAGAUAUUCAAGGAAGAGGUUUAUGAUUUGCUUGAUCCCAAUAAUUCUAAAGGAGAGGUAACAUCUACUGCAAAGGUCACUCUGCCCAACAGAGUUCCUAUACAAAUCAGAGAAACAAUAAAUGGAGGAAUAACAAUUGCUGGUGUGGCCGAGCCCGAAGUUAAAUCAAAAGAAGAAAUGGCAUCGUAUCUCUCAAGUGGUUCUAUGUCACGUGCCACUGGGAGUACUAACAUGAAUAGUCAAUCGAGUCGUUCACAUGCUAUAUUUACAAUCACUAUGGAGCAAAAGAAGGGGGAUGAUAUAUUAUGUGCCAAAUUUCAUUUAGUGGACCUAGCUGGUUCUGAACGUGCAAAACGAACUGGUGCAGAUGGCAUGCGUUUAAAAGAAGGAAUUCAUAUCAACAAAGGUUUAUUGGCUCUUGGAAAUGUGAUUAGUGCUUUGGGAGAUGAAAAAAAGCGAAAAGAAGGAGGCCAUGUGCCAUACCGGGAUAGCAAAUUAACACGACUAUUGCAGGAUUCUCUUGGUGGAAACAGCAAAACAGUGAUGAUAGCAUGUGUUAGUCCUGCUGACUCAAAUGCUGAAGAGACAUUGAACACUUUAAAAUAUUCAAACCGUGCUCGUAACAUUCAGAACAAGGCAACUAUUAAUCGUGAUCCAGUGGCUGCUCAAGUGCAGACAAUGCGGAAUCAAAUUGAACAGUUGCAAGCUGAGCUUCUAUUUUAUAGAGGUGAUACAAGUGGACCAUUAGAAGAGCUUCAGAUUCUUAAACACAAAAUAUCCUUACUUGAAGCAAGUAAUGCAGAACUAAAGCAGGAGCUUAAAAGACAACAAGUAACUUCUGAGAGUUUAGUACAACGUGCUCUCGAUGCCCAGGUUGAAAGAGACCAACUGAUUCUUAAAAUAGAAUCGGUUCGAAAUGGUAAAUCAUGGGAUGAGGUUGACUCAAAUUCAAAUCAGGAAUAUGAUCUAGUGAAAUCUUAUGUGUCAAAAAUCCAAGUUCUGGAAAGGGAAUUGCUAUGCUUGAAAGCUCCGAAAUCCACGAGUUCUAGUCAUUUUGUUGAUUGUGCUGAUUCUGAUGAUGAGUUUUCAUCUGAUUGUGAUGCAAAAGCCGUGGACUUACCAGAUGAUAUGGAAGAUGAUGAAAAGGAGCUAGAACACUCAUCUCUUCAAGAAAAGUUGGAUAGAGAGCUCAAAGAAUUGGACAAGAAACUUGAACAAAAGGAGGCUGAAAUGAAGCUGUACAGUAAUUCUGAUACGUCAGUUAUCAGGCAUCAUUAUGAAAAGAAACUCCUUGAGAUGGAACACGAAAAAAAAACUUUGCAGAAAGAAAUUGAGGACCUUAAGUUCAAUCUCACAAAUAUUUCAUCCACAUCUGACGACGGUGCUCAAAAGCUAAAUUCUCUUGAAAAGUUGAAUUCUCUUGAAGCACAGGUAUCUGAACUUAAGAAAAAACAAGAAGCUCAGGCUCAACUCUUGAAACAAAAACAAAAGAGCGACGAGGCUACGAAAGAACUUCAAGAUGAGAUCCAUAGAAUUAAAGCCCAAAAGGUUCAACUUCAACAUAAGAUUAAACAGGAAUCCGAACAAUUUCGGUUAUGGAAAAUUUCACGUGAAAAAGAAGUUCUCCAGCUUAAGAAAGAAGGCAGAAGGAAUGAAUACGAGAUGCAUAAGUUGCUAGCCUUGAAUCAGAGACAAAAGAUGGUAUUGCAAAGAAAGACGGAAGAAGCUUCAUUGGCUACAAAAAGGCUGAAAGAACUUCUGGAGUCUCGAAGGGCUUCAUCACGGGAAAAUAUGGGUGUUGGAGGUGGGAGUGGUCCCGGAGUUCAGGCAUUGAUGAAGGCAAUUGAGCAGGAGCUUGAAGUCAUUGUCCGAGUGCAUGAAGUACGUUCAGAGUAUGAACGUCAAAUCCAAGAGAGGGCUAAAAUGGCUGAGGAGAUGACCAGGUUAAAGGGAGAAGCAGGGUUGAUGAGGCAAAAUAAUACCAGUGAUUGCCCCAUAUCAAUGUCUCCUAGUGCAAGAAAUUCUAGGGUUUUAGCCCUUGAAAACAUGCUUUCAACUUCUUCCGCAACUCUAGUAUCUAUGGCAUCCCAGUUGUCAGAGGCAGAAGAGUCGGAACGGGUUUUCGGUGGAAAAGGACGUUGGAACCAAGUCCGGUCCCUCGGCGAAGCCAAGAAUUUGAUGAAUUAUUUGUUCAAUAUAGCAUCUUCCUCUAGAUGUUCAUUGCGAGAUAAAGAAGUAAUUUGCAGAGAGAAAGACAUGGAAAUAAGGGAUCUAAAAGAAAAAUUAGUAAGGCAAAGCUACUCACUUCGACAGUUGGAAAUGAUAAAUGUUGAGCUUAACCAUAAGCAGAAAUUGCAGAGUGCAGCUUUAAAAAGUUACUCAGAAUAUCCGGAGAAUUCAGAAUAUUCCGACUUGAAUGUUGGAGGUCACAAUUCUGACUCGCCCAAGCAGGAACUGCACCAGUCUACCCUUCUACAUGAAGACAUGGAUAUAUCUGAUGAGACAGAAUCCGAUGAUUAUGAUAUGGAGGAAACAGAUGAUGAGUGGAAAGAAUCGGGAAAAGUAAGGGUUGGGAAAAGAAAAUCUAAAAGCAGGCAUUCAGAAGAUAUCAAAGACAAUUUGAGUAAUAAACUUGGAGCUGCACACGGGGAAGCUGCCUCAGACAUUUGUUGUUCUUGUAGCGAAAGCUCAAUGUGCAAGACAGCAGAAUGCAUGUGCAAAGGUAUGGGGAAUAGUUGUGGGAGCUCUUGCAGUUGCCUAGCAACCGAGUGUGAUAACAGAGGAUCAAUCUUAAACGAGUCACAUGAGCCAAUACAAUCUGGAUUACUACUUGUUGCUCAAGGCGCAGAGUUACUUCAGGGAGCACUGGCAGAUAGGCCCACCGAGGAAAACAAUGAUCAAGCCCCCAGAAAACCUCUCUCUGACAUCGGAAAUAAACAGGUAAAAUCUAAUGUCAAUGGUAAUCAGAAAAAGAAAUUGCAUACAGCCACUAUAAUUCUUGUUCCACAUCUAUCACAACCUACCUUGCAAUCAGAGAAUUCCAAUGUCCCCAAACCCAAGAAACAAAUUAACAACAACGGCGUCAAUGAACCAAAUGCCGCUGUCAAAAUACCACAAAAAUUGCCCACAUCUAAACCGGAAUAUGCCGCCUCUGCCCCCAAGGCGGAGCGUAAUUUUGUGGAACCAGACUCACCUGCGAAAGUAACAAGGCAUGUACGAAGGAAAUCAUCAUCAAAUCUUGGCGUGCCAUUAUGGGACAGGAAUACUACUGGUAAAUCUGAUGAAUCUGUUAGUAAGGAGCCUGAAAUUUUUGAAGAUAGAAGAAGGUCGCGGCAGAAAAGAACACAAGAGGAAAAAGAAAACAACAGACGUUGAUUAAUGUUCAUUUGUUACUCUUUUCGGUGACUUGUGUAUACUCAAAAGGCCAUAGGGAGAUAGUUUAUUUUUUAGGAAUUUGAUCUUCCUUUGUCUGCAGCAGACAAACAGUGACAUAUAUGAAUUGCUUUGAUAUUUUGGGUUCUUAUGCAUUGUUUGUUUAAACAUUUGUGCUCAAAAACUCAAAAAGGUUUCAGAUGAAAGACAGUAGAAGCAGUUUUAGAUAUUUUAUAUCAUGUUUGAAUCAGCUGGGGUAUGUCAAUGCUCAGCCUCUAUGCUGAAGUGGGAGAUAUACUUUCUGCUAAGCUGCAAUAUUUUUCACUGUAAAUAAAGAUGAAAACUCUGUAUAGUCUUCCUUUAUUUUUUUUAGAUAUGUUUUGCCA